AUGUCAAAUCCGCAUUCACGGUAUGGACCGAGAAACUUUGUUGACAACACAACUGCCGUCUAUGUCGAUGAUGGGACUACACAGCGCUCAGCUCGACGCUAUGCAAUGUCGCAUACCCAGAACUCUCGACUCAACGAAGAAAAGAUCGCUGUAGAGCCAGUCCCUUCGAAACCCAGUGUUGCGUCUUAUGCCGAUGGCUUCAGCGAGAAUCCAUUGACUGGACUUCCAGCCAAGAAGUUUGUGCCCUUCCAGAAGGAUCCUGUGGCGGGGAUGCUUCAAGUACCUGCCGCUGUUUAUGGUGGGGAUCUAUCUUCCCGAUCUUUUCUGUCUUGUAAUUCACUCAUCGAGCGACCCGCUCAGUAUACUGCUGUGCGCGAGCAGAGCAGAUCCAUGGCCAAUAGCCUCUCAGCUGAAGCUUUGACUGUCUCUCAGACUCAUAAGCGGCAGUUGGCAAGCCGAGGACAGCCGGGACAAGACCUUCCAGCAAGUCUGAGACCGGGUCGGAGUGCUACUCGACCAAUUUCAGUCGAGAAUCCUCGGCCAGUGUCCAGAGACACGCACAAGAUGGUGGUGGGAAGUGGAGACGGAUGGAACGCCAUUGCUGAUACUGUUGCUUCGACCCUCUCGAGAGGUAAGUCUGCUUCAUAUGUUAACGCGGGCCCUCAUCCUACACCUGCAGGACACUCUCAGAAAGGUAAGCCAUACAUCCCGGCGUUUUUGAAGCCGCGUGCAAAAGCCACACAUCGACACGAACCUACGAAUGAAGGGGUAGAUGCUAAGCAGGAUAAGGCGGCGAAUGCUGCAUUCUGGGAGCCCGGAUGGAGUGAGGCACCGAGAAAGCCUCUUACUGUUGGUAAGAACCAUGCGGCGACUCUGAGCGUGACUGGCAUUGGCCAGUGUCACGACGAGCUCCAUCUAAGUGAACUAGUGUCGGAGAACAAACCGGCUUCUUCGGAUAUAUCGACCUCGGAGAAGAUGAAGAACAUGCGUCGAGCUUGGAGUCGAGCUUGGAAAAAGCGCAAUCGGAAUGCAGAAUCGUCGACAGAGCCAGCCGCGAACGGCGCUAUCAACGCACAGGAGCAUGAGGCGUGCGCCUUGACCGCUGUUGAUCUGGCACAGUCCGGUCCCGCUUCCAUUGUCGGAGGAGCUGUCUUCCCGCGGGAUGUUGUGGUCACGCCGUCUUCUAGAACGCCAUACCAAGCAGGGAUAUUUGUCGGAGAUGCAAAGGUAAGCGUGAACGACCUACCUUCGAUGCUGCGCCUCGGCCAUGGCGGCAAUGGAGUGGAAGGACAACAUGAGGCGUCUCCCACCUACAAAUGGCCUUUUGUGGACACGACCAAUGAAUUGUUCCUCAACUACGAUCCGAAGAAGGACAAUAGUUCCCACGGUCGCACACGAGGGGUGAAGCAUCAAGAGCCUCGCAUUGUGGACCUAGACCUUCCCAAGAAUAGUCUAGGGGAUGAGGUUUUGCGGGACUUAGCCAAGCGAGAGCUUGGGAAUGGAUCCUGUCAGUCUAAAGUUAUCCCUCCGGUCGAACUUGAGAUCAACUUUGAGUCUGGGUCUCCGAUCUGCCCUAUGUCUGCUGAACAUUUGAGGAUUGAUGUUGCCAAAGAGAUGGCGAUAGGCGGCGGCAGCGGCCUGUCGAUACUCGAAGCCAGAGAGGUUCACUUCGGGCCUCGAAAUAAAACAUUAGGAACUGAGAUGACGAAUAUUCGAACUCCGGAAGCACCUUCCCCCAUACGUUCGACCGCGGUAGAGUCGAUCCCUGUAUUGCCUUUGGCAACACAAGAUGAACCGGCCAAGGAUUCGGAUCAACCCGAUUUCAGCUGGUUUCGAUUCAGUCGCGUGGACCUGGAAGAUCCAGCAGACCAGCACUGUCGAGACUACCGAGCUCGGAGACGCGAAAUGCGAAGAUCGAAACAAGCAGCAUGGCUUGUCCACGCUCGUUGA